AUGCUCACCUCCGGUUUCACCAAUGCGCCCGUCACCAAGUUCCUCGUCUUCUACACGGUUGCUGCCGCCUUUCUCGCCAGCAUAACCGACUCGCAGUAUCUCCUCUACAUCCAAGUCGUCCCGCACCUCUGGGUGCACCGCCAGUUCUGGCGCCUUCUGACAUGGCAGGCCUGUUUCGCCAAUUCCACUGAGGUACUCUUCGCCGCCAUGACUUUCUACAACUUACGCGUCAUUGAGCGGCUCUGGGGUUCGCGCAAGUUCGCCUCCUUCAUCGUCUCCACGCUUCCCUACACGACGCUACUCCCCCCGCUCAUCCUCGCCCUCGUCGUGCGGCCGCUCACCUUCAACCACGCGAACUACUUGCCUGCAGGGCCGAUGCCGCUGCUCUUCGCCAUCCUGGCCCAGUACCACGCAUCCAUACCGCGCAUCUACCGAUACAAGCUCACGACCAAGGCGCCGUCAUCACCAGCCACCAACACCAAUAACAGCGACGCGACAGCCGCCAACGCGGUGGGACACCGACAGCAGGAACAGCGACGCGCAGGCGGUUUCGACGCGUCGGUAACGCUCUCGUCGAAGACGCUGCACUACCUGCUGCCGGUGCAACUCGCGCUGUCGGCGCUUCCCGGCUCCGCGGUCGGCGCGGCGGUCGGCUGGUGCGUGGGAUACGCGUGGCGGAAUGAGAUGUUGCCGUUAGCGAGCGGCUGGCGGGUCCCCGGCUGGGUCGUUGGCGAGAGGAAGGCCGAGGGCGGUGGGGGCAGACGCGAGUUUGAGGGCUUGAGGCAGCGGAUGGAGCGGGAGCACGGGGCCGCCACCACGGGUAGGGAGGGCGGUGCCGGUGACGGUGCGCAGGCGGACGGCGAGGCGAGGAGGAGGGGUACGCUUGGUGGGAUGCUGGCGGGGCAGUUUGGCGGAGGGGCCCAGGUAGGGCGUGGCUGA